CAAUGAGCAGCCUCCGUGUCCCGUCCCAGAGCUGCCGUCUCCCUUCCGCCCCGAUUCCCGGGAGCCGGGGCUUUUCCUCGCCCGCCCCCCGCGGGCAGCCUGGCCGCUGCCUCCCCGAGUUGGCGGCCUUCCAGUUUCCUGUUUGACGUCACGGGCCUCUCUCUUUCUCUCCUCUCUCCUGCCGCCGCUGCUCUUUUUUGCAAUUUGCGCUGCGUUCCGCUUGUAAUCCGAGAAGCCCCCGGAACGGGGCAACCUCAGCUGCCGCCUGGAGAGAUCGCGCUGCGCUUUACUACCGCCGGGAGUUGGUUCUCCCUCCUCCCUGCUGCCUCUCUCGCGGGGUCUCUUUUUUUAGCCUGCGGGAGGAAAAGGAAAAUAAAAAUAAAAAUCCGGAUUGCUUUGACUCUGUGCAAACCUUUCCUCCCUCCCUCCACUGCUGCGGGUUUUCUGCACGCCGAGAGCACGAAGGAAGAGUGUUUUAUUUUUUUUAAGGGAGCAGGAGGCGAAAAGAAGCAAUUGGCGGAUAAAGGUUCUAGUCCGCAAGAACUUGGGAGCAUGCACCCGUGCUUUUCCGACUAGCCGCCGCUUCUUGCAGCCGACCCGGGGUUGCUUUUCUGCAGGGCGCAAAAUCGCCCCUCCGAGGCGUGCCGUUCGCUGUUCUUUCACUUCUGGGAAACCAACAUGGACAGAAAACAAGAUCCUAAAGGAUCCUCGGAAAAGCGGAAAGGAGGGCCAAAGAAGAAACGGCCGCCCCUCUUGAGCAUGCCAUCAGCAAACAGGCAGUCAUCCGUCCCACCAACACCUCCAAGAAACUUGGAUUCCAGGACUUUCAUUACUGUUGGUGAGAAGAAUUUCGAAGUAGAGGCCGACGACUUGGUGAGCAUUUCAGAGUUGGGAAGAGGCGCUUACGGCGUAGUGGAGAAAGUGUAUCAUGCGCAGAGCGACACCACAAUGGCUGUGAAGAGAAUCCGAGCCACCGUGAACUCUCAGGAACAGAAGAGGCUAGUGAUGGACUUGGACAUUUCCAUGAGGACUGUGGACUGCUUUUACACUGUCACGUUCUAUGGAGCCCUUUUCAGAGAGGGUGAUGUGUGGAUCUGCAUGGAGCUAAUGGACACGUCUCUGGAUAAAUUUUAUAAGAGGGUCCUGGAAAAGAAGAAGACGAUCCCCGAAGACAUACUUGGGAAAAUAACCGUGUCUAUUGUCCGAGCCCUGGAGCAUUUGCAUAGCAAGCUGUCUGUGAUUCACAGAGACGUGAAGCCGUCCAAUGUCCUUAUCAAUAAACAGGGACAUGUCAAAAUGUGUGACUUCGGGAUCAGUGGAUACUUGGUAGAUUCUGUGGCGAAGACCCUGGAUGCUGGUUGCAAACCUUAUAUGGCGCCAGAGAGAAUAAACCCUGAGCUGAACCAGCAGGGGUACAAUGUGAAAUCGGACGUCUGGAGCCUGGGCAUCACCUUGAUUGAAAUGGCCAUUCUCCGAUUCCCGUACGAAUCCUGGGGCACCCCUUUCCAGCAGCUGAAGCAAGUGGUGGAAGAGCCCUCGCCUCAGCUGCCUGCGGAGCAUUUCUCACAGAACUUUGUGGACUUCACAGCCCAGUGUUUGAGGAAGAAUCCUGCCGAACGAUUGAGUUAUGUGGAACUCAUGGCCCACCCGUUCUUCACUAUGCACGACACCCUCGAGACUGAUAUGGUCUCCUUCGUCACAGAAAUCCUGGGAGAGGACUCCUAAAAGUCCCACGGAACCUCGCCAUCGGAACAAAAGAACCAGCCCUGCCUUCUCCUGGCGGGGAGAGAAAACGGAAUAAGGAUUUUUAUAGCACCAACUGUGGUUUGCACAAAAGAGAAUGAAUGUCUUCGCUGCUUCCUCCCCUCCCCACCCCCCAAAAAAAUAAUUUUUCUCUUCCCUCCCACCCCCUUUCUCGGCAUCAUGCUGGACUUAGAGAGCGAUUUUAUUAUUAUUAUUUAACAAGAGGCCUCUAUGAAUGACACGUUUUUGACACGUAGACGUCUUCGGUCCCAACUGUAGCCACGCACAAUCUGCUUAAGGCUUGAAGGGUGCUCAAGACGACUCUCCCUCGGGUGGGUUUUGAGAAAAGCACGUUGUGUUACUUUUAAAACCAGGCGCCUUUUCGAAAUGCAGCUGUGUGUACGUGUGUGUGUGUGUAUGUUUGUGUGUCUAUGAGCAUGUGUACUUUUGCUUGGAGAGAUCUGAGCCCAUCUGAAACUGCAUACAAAAUCACAACAGCCACAGAAGUGUCACCUGUCGCAGGUUAACCAGCAGACCUGUGGGGCUGGUUGUUUUUUGGGUGGUGUCACUUCAUCUUGCAAGCGGCAGAUCGCAUUAAAAUAAAAAAAAAAGCUCAGUAGAUCACGAGGCUCUUAACCUCAGGGUUGUGGGUUUGAGCCUCACGUUGGGCAAAAGAUUCCUGCAUUGCAGGAGGUUGGACUAGAUGCCUCUGGUGGUCCCUUUCAACUCUAUGAUCUGUUAUCUAUGAACUGAACCCACACCCCAGUUACUCCCUGUAUGUCGAAAACUAGCUCUUAGAGCAGAAUGGAAGAGUUAUUUAAAUGUUCUCCACUGUGGAAGUCUGAGAAGGACUCUCACCUAUAAUUCUGUUUUUAACACGACUCCUAGUUUUGUUAUCGCCCCCAAACAUUUACUCAUUUAAUUCUAACAGCCGUUUUUCUUAGGCCUAAACAGACAUCUCCUUUAGUUUUCCACAGCUAAAUGUAAUAUAUUAUCAGUUUCUUCUAAAUGCUCUGUCCAGUCACAGUUGUGUGGCAAAAUCAGUAGACACACACAUACACAAACCCCUCUUUAAACACAAGCAGAGUCUCGCCCUCUCCAAAGUUGCUCUGCAAGCAGUGAUUGAGUUGAGCUGCCAUCUCUCUGCUGAUCUAAGACCACAGGUGCAUCCUGUUGUCGGACUUCCAUACCCAUCGUCCCUCACCUGUUGGCCAUGCUCUCUGCUGGGGUUGAUGGGAUUGCUAGUCAAGCAACAUUUUGAACACCAUGUGUUUCCCACUCCUGCUAUAGAAAGAGUUCCAAGGACAGACAGGCAGUUCAUAGCCAUAUUUAACGUAGUGGAGGGAAGAAUCUAACGUCCAGAUUUAUCUAACAAAUCCCCAGAUCUUUCUUUCCUUUUUAAUGGAAAGAGCAGUUGAACGUGUCUAUAUGUAUUGGGGUGGGACAUGUUGACACUUUCUCUGCUGUCUCUUUCCCCCCUCCCCAAAGUUCACACACACAAACCAGCUUCAGUACCACCCAGCCAGUCGGCGAUGAUGGGAGUUGUAGUCUUAAUAAGACUUUUUUAAAAAUCCGCACUUUUUCAUCUGCGACACUUUGCAGGGUAGAAGCAUCCAUGUCGGUUUCCCCACCACGAGGACAACCAGACUUGCUUUUUCUGUCGUGCCAGCUAAUGCCUGCACAUGGGGAAGUUGUGAGUCAGGUUGUCCAGUGUUGUGUGUGCUAAAUGGCAGUCACUAUCUGGGAUUUCUCAGGCAGGGCCCAUUUCCAUUCCUACCUGGAAAUGCUGGGAUCUGAACCUGGGACCUUCUGCAUGCGAAAGCCAGGUGCUCUACCGCUGAGCUAGGAACCGCCUCCUUUUGCUCAUCUGCCUCAUCCUCGGAAAAGGUGCUUACCAACACAGUUGACACCUGUUGCUAAGUUGUACUCUAAUGCCCUGCCCACGACCGACAAAAGGGAAGCAUUUACCUGUGAUAUUAUUAUAGCCCCACUUGGUUUCUGUGGAUUGCGUCUCUCUCCCCUCUCCUAAACACAUGUGCAAGUCAUAUCCAUUAUUAUCUUCCUUCUUUCUAAUAUAUUUGUACAUAUAAAUUAUAUUUUGAAAAUGCAGCAUUAUGCCCAGGUGGGAAUAGGUGUGGCAAAACAACCAGCAAUUUCACUUAGACCAACCAGCCUUAAGGGAGUGUUAGUGAAGUGUUGUGG